GUUGCACUAAUGGUCCACCAUACCAAGUAUCAAAAUGCGGGACAUAUCAAGAAAUUAAGCCUGUACCACUCAUUCAUUCCAUUCAUUCAUGAGAUUCCACUAUGCCAACAUAGCAUCGCUUCACUCGGUAAACAACCCCCCCUUUUUUCUUGCCUUUUUUCUUCCUUCUCCUACUCCUUCAUUCGUUCCUCCCUAGAACAAGACCUAUCGAAUAAAUACCGAUUAUAAACAAGCAAGGAAGAAAAUAUAGACAAGACAAGACAAGACAAGACAAAACAAGCUAUUCAAAAUGUCCACCAUCGACAACCUCAAAGACCGCACCACCCCCGUCUUCUCCCCCGACGACGUCACCGUCAUAUUCGUCCUCGGCGGCCCCGGCGCCGGCAAAGGCACCCAAUGCGAGCGCCUAGUCGCCCGGUACGGCUUCGCGCACCUCUCCGCCGGCGACCUGCUCCGCGCAGAGCAGAACCGGCCCGACAGCGAGUUCGGCGACCUGAUCCGACACCACAUCCGGAACGGGCUGAUCGUGCCGAUGGAAGUAACAAUCGCUCUCCUCGAAGCCGCCAUGCGGCAAAUCCUCGACGAGCCCGCCUCCUCCUCCUCCUCCUCCUCCGAGCAGCAGCACGACGGCCGCCGCAAGAAGGGCAAGUUCCUGAUCGACGGGUUCCCGCGCAAGCUCGACCAGGCGAUCAAGUUCGAGGAGGCGGUUGUGCCGGCGCGCUUCGUGCUGUUCUACGACUGCCCCGAGGACGAGAUGGAGCGCCGGCUGCUGGAGCGCGGCAAGACGUCUGGUCGCGAGGACGACAACGCCGAGUCCAUCCGCAAGCGCUUCCGCACGUUUGUCGAGACCAGCAUGCCUGUUGUCGAUUACUUCGAGAAGCAGAACCGCGUUGUCAAGAUUGACGCUCGUCAGCAGCCGGACCAGGUCUUCGAGGCAACCCGGAAGGAGCUCGAGAAGCGCCUCCAGCUCUGAGUCUGAAUUACGCUAUAUUUACCUGGGUAGCCAACCAGAGCUGGUCGUAAAACGAAGCUUUAUUAGUAAACUCGUGGGCCGUGGCGGCGGGGAGGUAGAUUUCAAAUGAAGGAAAAGGGGUAGUUAUUCCGGAUAUAGAAUUCAGCCUUUUCUAUCCUAUUAAGGUUAUAGAGAGAGAGAGAAGAGAUACGAUGAUGAAUGAUAAAAGACUAUGAAGAAUUAGGGGAUAUAUAGGUAAAUGUAGAGACAGCCAAGAGUCUGUCUGGGUUGCAUAAUCUACGAGGGCGAGUAGCGAUUUUACCUCUAUAAGAUAGAAAGAAGCACAAGCAAGAAAUAU